CCAAGCGGCAACUAUAGUUGCCGCUGGGCAAAUGCCUUGUAAGUACAUAUAUCAUGGGGAAAUGGGGUAUACUGUGUUAAUAGGUUAAUAAAUCAAGGUUUUUGGUCUUUCAAAGUGCUUUUUUAUUUUAUAAUAUCAUACCUAAACCCUUUAAUUAACAUCUCUACUGUCCAUUAGACCUUAAUUUGAUAGGGAAUAAAUCUGUUAAAAGGAUGAGAUGAGAGAGCAAUCUUUCCACAGCUCUACUCCCCCACCCCUGUGUCUGUUGUUACUUUGGGGGGAUGGGCUGUCUAAAGUGACAGCAGCAGUUUCCAAACUUCAGUCAAUCACACAAAAGGAAGAAUGAAAGAUAAAGAGUUAAAGCAUGGGAUUAAUUGCUGUAGAUUAUAUUUUUCUCCCUUUUAUAAUAUUAUGUCUUGUAAGGGGCAAAAUAUUGAGGCCCCUUCAUCCAGUUUGGAUGUGUUUCAUUCUAAUAAGUCAAGGACCCUAAUUAUUUUUAUGACUAGUAGCUUAUGAUUCCAUUAUAAUGUUGAAAUUCGGACAAGUAAUGAGUUUACUUUUGCAUUAUUAUAUGAAAUCACCUAUACUAUAGUCAGCCAUUUAAUACAAUGGACCUAAAAAAAAUGUGUAAUUUUCUUUCAGGUAUACCUUGGCAGAGCUUUUGGAUAUUCUUGAUACAGAUAAUCCAUCUGGAAAUUUUUGUAAUGUAACAGUUGUGCCAGAGUCUGAGAAGAAAGCUCAUGACACAGAUUGUGACAGCGAUGGAUCUGAUGAUGACGUGGCAUGCGAUUACAAGCGCCUACCAUCAAGGUUGCUGAAAGGAGAGGGCUUAAUCUCUGAUGAUGCUUUUCAGCUUCCCCUCCUUGACAUGGCAGAUGUACUUGAAUGCCCUGCCUUAGUUAGUGCAUCUACAGAGCCAAACACCAUCAAUGCUGUUGAGGAAAAGGAAAAUAGUCCAACAACCCCUGGGCCCAUGCUUAAGAAAAUAAAAAACAAAGAGCGGAAGUUCAAGAAAUUUAAGGCAGAUACCAAAAAAACAAUACAGGCUAAGCGUCAUCAACUCCCUCCCUAUCAACCCAAGCCAACCAAUCCCAUCAUCACAUCAAAUGAUCCAGCAGACAUCUUUCUCACAUUCUAUCCCAAAUCACUACGGGAUAUCACCCUGGAAAUGUCAAAUACAUAUGCAGCACAGAAAGGUGCCACCCUCAAUCUCACUGAUGAAGAGCUCCUAACAUUCUAUGGCAUUCUUUUGACCACUGGGUACAACUCAGUCCCAAGACGACGUCUUCUUUGGUCAGGCGACAAUGAUGUCAGCAACACAAGCAUUAAAGAUGCCAUGCGGAGGAACAGAUUUGAUGAGAUAAUGGCUUCCAUUCAUGUUGUGGAUAACAUGAAAAUCACAGAUGACCCUUUCUUCAAGGUGCGUCCCGUGUUUGAGGAGCUGAAUAAAGUCAACAAAACCAUGACUAUUCAGGAAUAUCUGGCAGUGGAUGAGAUGAUGAUUGAGUACUUUGGUAGGCAUGGAUGCAAGCAAUUUAUCAGGGGGAAGCCCAUUCGCUUUGGUUUCAAGAUCUGGAGUCUUGCUUCCUCAUCUGGGUUUGUCUACCAGAUGGAGCCAUACGCAGGUAGCCACACUCGUCUUGUUGAAACUGGACUGGGUCAGGGUCCAAGUGUGGUUCUUGGCUUGGCAGAGAAAGCUGGAGUGCCACCUGGAUGCAAGUUCUAUCAUGACAACCUAUUCACAACACUCACCCUGGUUGAUGAGAUGACCAAAAGGGGCUACGGCAGCUGCGGCACACUUCGGGAAAAUCGCCUCUUUGAUAUCCCACUGACACCAUCAAAGAUCUUCCGGAAGACCUCAAGAGGCAAUGUCGAAUUCCUUAUUGAAGAUGGAAAACUGAUUGUGAGAUGGAAUGACAACAGCGUGGUCACUGUUGUGACCAAUAUGGAGAAUAAGUACUCCGAUGUCGACACUCAACGGUGGAACAAACAAAAACAUGCAAUGGAUAAAGUGAAACAGCCUACUUGUAUAAAGAGCUACAACACACAUAUGGGAGGUGUUGACCUGCACGACCAAUGUGUGAACCGUUACCGGAUUGGCAUCCGAUCAAAGAAGUGGUGGUGGCCAUGCUACAGCUGGGCACUCAACAGUGCUAUGGUCAACGCCUGGUGUUAUUACAGGUCAUGUAAAGAGGGAGACGGAGAUCUCCUCUCCUUCCACAGACUGGUUGCCCAGAGUCUCCUCCAGCGCCAUGGGAUGAGGCCACAGGGGCAUGGAAGAAGGUCAGUGUUGGCUUCUGCAAUGUGUGAGGCUGCCAGAUUUGACAACAUGAACCACUGGCCCCACAACACAGGGAGAAAAUACAUGAGGUGUCGAAAAUGUGAUGGCCGCACUACCUUUGCAUGUGAGAAAUGCGGUGUUGCCUUGCAUGUUGAGUGCUUCAAGAAAUUCCAUGGAAACCACUAAGAAUCUACCCAGGAGAGAGAGGAGCAGAGGGAGAAGAGAGAUAGAAAAAUGGGAGCGGGGAGGGCACAACAUAACUUCCCAAUCCGAAUGUCUUUUCGAUUAUAAUGAAAACGCAUCCCAGAGAACGAUCUACUCUGUAACCAUGUAUUAAUUACCCCUAGGAUAAUUUUUCACCGGAGUAGUCCUUUAACUUUUUUUUUUUUUCUAUACACAAUGCCCUGUUGGGGCAACUUAAUGGCUGCACUUUGUUCUGCAUUAUGUUCCACCACUUUAAGACAAAUGUAUUUGUUGUUUGUUUUGUUUAUCAUACACAAGAGAUUAUAAGCUAGAUGCAGUUUUUUUUUUUGUUUUUUUUUUUGGUUUUUCGAAUGUUCUUUGACUGUUAUACAUAAUAAAUGUGUUUAUGAAUAAAGGUUGAUCUGUUGAAAGCAGUUAUUUUGAGUUAGAUGCCUAAUGUAUUCAAAUUUGACAUUGAAGGAGUGCAUACAACCUAUUUGCCCACCGGCAACUAUAGUUGCCGCACAUUCAAAUACGAUUUUCAAAAAAAGAAAAAAAUUUUUGGGUAAAAUAAAUGCAGAACAUGUUUACAGAGGACACUAUUAACACAAUUAUAUGCAUGAAACCAUU